AUGGAAGAAACUCUUCGUAACGCAGGAGCUCGAGAAAAAAGAGCACUUCGCCGUGUUGCCGGAUCCGAAGAAACGAAUGCUCCACAGAAGGAAACAGCAUGCAAGAAGAAGAAGGUUGCUCCACCACUACGCGUCGUCGGUCUCCCAUUAUCAAGAAGAGUCGUGAGUGGAAGCGAUUAUCAAGUGAAAUCACGUUUACCAUCCACAAGCCGUGCUGCCGAAACUCGAGAAAAAUCUGCCCAAAUGGAAAAGGCUGCCAAUAUGAACAAGAAGAAGCCUGCACCACCUCCACACUCCGUUAUUACACUAGAAUCAAGCGAAAGCAGUAGUGAGAGCGAUUUGGAAGAAGAAGAAGAGGAGGAGGAAGACAGUUCUGAAACAAAGAUGGAGGAUCAAGAUGGUAACAGGGCAGAAUCUACUCGCCCGGAACAUCAAGGGACCUCGGAGCCACCGUUAUCAGCCUCCACCAUAAAAUUUAACUUCAAUGCAGCACCCAGCUUUUUUUCGGAUUCUUUUGAAAAACGUCGUCAUGAAGAAUCCGUCAGUAGAGAAGAGAGUAAAAUCGCUGCAGCCAAUCGAAUGGAGAAGAGAAGAGAAAGCUCAUCGCGUCCAAUAGUGAAAACCAUGGAAGCACGAGAAAAAAGGCGUCUUCAAAAUUUGGAGAAACAUCUGAGAAUGUAUGGUGAAAUAUCCUCUGAUUAUCAUUCUGCAUGUCGCCAGCUUGAAGAAGACCUCAGAAGACGAAAGACUCAAGGACUCGAUGAAGAACCAGAAGUCAUUUUUGACUCUCGUUCAUCACGUCGACAAGGAUUAUUAGAAGGAAGCCGUCAGCAGGAAAAAGCCGUCAGAACAGAAGAGAAUCAAGGACGCAAGGAAGAAUCUCCAGAACCAGAAGUCAUUUUUGACUCUCGUUCUUCAAAUCGCCCGGAUUCUGAAAUACCUGGCACUUCAUCACGUCGACACGAUGCCCGAAGGCAAAAACAUCCGGAACCAGAAGAACUUCUUCGACGUCGUCUCGAAUAUCUAGGUCGACGCGAAAGAAUCGAAACAAUCACUCGCUACCAUAAUUCUAUAAUUCGUUGUCGUCGAGAAGGACGUCGCCACGAUGCCAGAAGAUCAGAAAUCGAGAAGAGGCAAGAAACGGAUACCAAACAUAAGGAAAUGAAGAUUCCUGCAAACUCCAUUUUAAAAAUUAUUGGGGAAGAAGGAGCCAAUAUCAAGCAUAUUCGAUCGACAUUCGGAGUUGAUAUCACCAUCCUGCGCCCACACGAGCCGGGAGGAAAGACAGCAAGCGUCUUAAUGACUGGAGAUCCAUGUAAAAUUCUGAUGGCUCGAAAGCAUAUUAAAAGCAUUUUGGGAGGAAGGAGAAUCAAUACUGAAAGUCGCGAACAUAUGCUACUCUUCUAG